AUGAUUGGCCAACCAGCUGUUCAGGAUAGAGACCAUAAAUUCUUAAGCAAAGCAGUUGAAGAAGCUUAUAAAGGUGUUGAAUGUGGAGAUGGUGGUCCUUUUGGUGCUGUCGUUGUUCGAAAUGACGAGGUAGUCAUGAGCUGUCACAACAUGGUUUUGAAAAACACCGAUCCCACUGCACAUGCAGAAGUUACAGCUAUCCGAGAGGCUUGUAAGAAGCUGAACCAAAUUGAGCUCCCAGAUUGUGAAAUCUAUGCGUCCUGCGAGCCUUGUCCGAUGUGCUUUGGUGCCAUCCAUCUUUCAAGAGUCAAGAGGUUAGUUUAUGGGGCUAAAGCUGAAGCAGCUAUUGCAAUUGGGUUCGACGACUUCAUUGCUGAUGCAUUGAGAGGUACUGGGUUCUAUCAGAAGGCUCGCUUGGAGAUCAAGAAAGCCGACGGUAGUGGCGCUGCUAUCGCAGAACAAGUAUUCGAAAAGACGAAGUCGAAAUUUACCAUGUAUUGA